GCCGACGAUUCCCGUUGACCACAGAACGAUAGUCCGCGCGCCGCAGGCAGACGACAGUGUUUUGUUACGUUCCGCUCGUCCAGUUCAAAUGGAUUAAAAAGUCGAGCAAACUGGUUGGUGUGUGUUUUCGCUAAAGGGAUAGAGAUAGAGAGGGGGAGAGAGAUUUGGAGAUACGUGCUUCAUCGGGGUAAGAGCAGACGGUGUACAAAAGAAAAAAAAGAAGGCGAAGAAAGUUUGUGUAGCAGACGACCUUGUUUAGCAGACGUCUACAAUGGAAUUUACUACUCUGGUGUUUCAAAUGUUUUUUUAUUGAAGACUAAAUGUUAUUUACGACGUGAAGCUUUUGGUAAGCCAACUGGAUAGUGCUUUUGUAGCUAAAAACGGAUAGAGAUUUACCCUUAGGGGAGGAAAUCAGACGGCGCGGAGAAAGACUUAGUUUAGCAGACGAGCGAAAAGGGAAUUCAUUAUGUCCUCGUUUUAAAAAUAUUUUUACUUAAGACUGGGUUUUAUUUGACCAGACCAUUUCAUAAGAUGUUGUCUGGAGUUUAACGGUUCUUUGUUGCUCACGGAUGUGUUUGGUGACUAAGUGCGUAUGUGUUAGUCCAGCAACAGACCUUCCAGAACAGUUUCAGACGACAUCCGUGUCAGCUGUCAGCUCUUAACGAGAGACAUGGAUGAGAAGCGACUGGAGCUGGACCGAGAGGAGCGGGAUCGCGGCUGUGUGACGGACGGGCGACACCGACGCUUGUAUAGACGGCGGACGACUCGCUGUGACGGACGCAUCUGGAUCUUCCUCAUCCUCGGAUUCUUGAUGGUCGUCUUCGGGGUCAUCAUUGGCGGGAUGUACCUCAACAUCCGGGCGCUCACAGAGUCCCUGCAGUACACGGAAGUACUGCCGACGUACGUCACGGCUGUAACGGUACUGGCAUCCGGGUUCUUCAUAUUUUUGCUGUUUUGGAAGAGACUUCCCUGUCUGGUUUUCGUCUGUGUACUGGUGUGUGUUACGACGUCUCUACUGUGUGCAGUGGCGGCCAUUUUGACCGGAACUCACGUGAUCCAGCCAAUCGAGGCGUUCAUUCACUGCACAUACUACGACAGUCUGAAGGAGUGUCACUGUGUAUCUCCUUACAGGAGAGCUCUCCUAGAUCUACAACACUCGCCACUAAACCCUGCCAACUACGUAUUCCAUAGCACGAGUAACUGUAACAGUAUCCAGACGACGUUACUGCACAUGCUGUACGCGCUAACUGUGACGUAUGCCGCAGCCUUUGUGACGUCAGUCGUCUCCGUCAUCCUGGCGCUGCUCGUACUGCGCAUGGAGCGAAUCAGAAGAGGCGUAUUUGAGGACGACACUUACGAGGAGAUCUUCACUGUAAGCAACAGCUCCACCCCGCUCACGUCAGACAGCGACAACGACAACAACUUCUGCUUACCUCCCUUCAACGACGCCAUUUUGAAUGACUCUUCCCGUCUGCCAGAGAGCAGAUCAAACGCCAGCGUUAUUCGCAGAUGUCGAAGCUUCACCCAGCCUCGAUUCUUUGACACAACGGAGGAAUCCAUCGAUGACGCCCAUCUCCCGAAAGUGCAGCCAACAGCUGAGGUCGACAGCGGCAACGCCGACGGCGAGGUUAGGAGUGGCGGGAAGCUGAAGGAGAAUCGCAGACGUCACAGACGGGCGGUGACUCUUCAUAAUCUGGACACCCGCCAGCUCAUGAUGAUCCUCAGUCUGCACAUGCGCUACCUGCAGGAGAAUGAAGCGGCCAAGUCUCAGGGUCACAUCGACACUCAGAGAGUCGAAGAGAUGGAAGCAAAGGAGAGGAUCAAACGAGCGCUGACGCCGCAGCCGGCGCAUCAGUACAGGAGGUAUUUCUCCCAGGACGAUUCUGCAAGUCAGACGCGGAUCGUCCGGUCCCACACGCCGCAGCCUUACCACGAGCGACGGAGUCAGUCACACGACGAGACGUCCAGUCCCUCGUAUGUGAUCCGGUCCCACACCCCGCAGCCGUAUCGUCCAAGGAACAACCGUGACGACUACAACCAGCAGAAUUACGAAAACACUUUCGACCCAGCGGAGUUCGUGCAGCAGCUACGGCAGCAGAAGUUGGCCAGCGAUGUUCAGAACCAGCAGAGGGAAGCGUCUCCUCCUCCUCCUCCUCCUCCUCCUCCUCAUGGAAGGGAGAAACUGUGUCACGUUCCGCAGAUUUAUGAGAAUGUGCUCGAUACGAUCGACGUCAGUAGUCAGUGUGGAUCAGAAAGUUCUGAAUGUCCUGUCAGACGGGUUUCUGUUAAAAGUAAACAGAAGACGAAGAAGCAGUCUGGUGAAAGUUUGUUGUCGUGUAAAAGUCUCAGGGCAAUUCAGCCACUGCCAAUGGAGAUCUCUCCAAAUAACUAUGACGAGAUUGAUGAUCUUUCAUCAUGUACGUCUGAAACCCCGAAUCAUCAGAUAUAUCAGAACCAAGAUGAAUGUGAACAUUUAAAUCGACCAAUGAAAUCAUCUGCCUCAUCAUGUCAACCAGUGAAAUCAUCUGUCUCUUCUCAUCAGCCAAUGACUUCAUCUGCCUCAUGUUAUCAACCAAUGAAAUCAUCUGUCUCAUCUCAUCGACCAAUCAUCAAAGUCGAUCCACCAUGUGUUCCACCUCCUCCACCAGUGAAUGAAGUUGAUUCGUCUUCUCUUUCGUUCCAUCAACCAAUCGGUAAAGAAGAUUCUAAACCUCGCCAUCGACCAAUCAACACAGCCGAUUCAAGCUACAGUGCCUCCCGUCAACCAAUCAACACAGCCGAUCCAAGCUACAGUGCCUCCCGUCAACCAAUCAACACAGCAGAUCCACUACCUCUUUCAUCCGACCUACCAAUCACUGAAGUGGAUCCGUAUGCACCAUAUCCCAACACGAGAAGACAUUGUAAAGAAGAACUCACGGGCAGGCCAAUACAGAUAACCAACUCAUCGUCGGGGGGCUGUUGCUUUGAAAACAACUUGUCCCAGCGGCUGAAGACUGCAUCGGAUCACCUGCAUCCUAUACAGACCGAUAUUCGCGGGCACCUCCUUGACAGAUGCCAGACACCGUCACGUCCAAAGAGUUACAUCAACGCUGUUGACCAAACUCUCUCCGCUCGGCCGGUUGAAGGGAACACAACACAUUUGGAGGACAGUCGUCGCGUUCCGACUGAUGGACAAACAGAGCCACUCGACAGCGAAGGAUACCUGAGGAUGGAUAUCAACAGCAGGUCACCUCCAGUGGCCAUCGAUAUAUACGCACAGCCGGUUAAGAAAGCACGUAAAAACAAGAAAGACAAAAACCGGGAGAGACCUUCGAAUCGGGAGGAAGUUGUUUCUCAAAGUGAUGCGGACACGCAUAGCGGUGAACUGGAGACACGCCGAGGAAAGAAAAAGCCGACAUUUUCUGGCGAGAGGUCUGCAUUCCGUGCUGUGUGCCGACAUGGAACUUUUGAACCAAUCGACGAUCCUUAUUCUGUGGACCAGCCAAUCAUGACGCAUCAUUCAUCUCCCCAACCAAUGACGCUGGACUGCACGCGUGACGUAAUGUGUUCUUACUCUAUAGACCAGCCAAUGGAAUCAUCUCAUUCAUCCAAUCAGCCAAUGGGAUCGUCGCAUUCGUCAUCGAGUAAGCCAAGGAGAUUGAUUGGAGCAUCGCAUCGUCAUGCCAAUGAAACCGACUACGAUUCUGUCUAUCCGGUUUUUGAGAAAUCACCACAGAUUGCGUACGCGCCUCCCCCUUACUCGCCACCCCCCUCCUACACGGAUGUGUUCACUGGUUCGCGAGACGGUUCCCAGCACUCUCUGUUGAGUGCGUCCAACACGACGACGACGACGGCGAGUGGCGCGAACUCGGACAGUGAUUCUCACCAGCUCGACUGGGCGAACGACGGACCCGGGAACGGACAGCUGCAGGAACAGUUCUACGAGAACAACCCUCACAUGCAGAAACGAGCGGCAGCCCAGACCUGUCCGGGGAAACGAGAACACAGCCAUCCAGUGAGGUCCGACUGUCCAGCACAACCAGGAUUUCCAACGAGGCCAGGUUUUCCAGUGAAGCUAGGGCAGAACUAUCCGAGCAGUCCAGGGGAGAACUGUCCAGGGGAGAACUGUGCGAGGUGCGAUUCCGGAGACCUACAGUUUGACGAGUCGCAGUAUGUCGUAAAUCUGCCGCCGCCCCCCACGGCACGUGCGGGUGGACUGGUGGGCGGUAAACUCCAUUUCACUAACGGACAUUUGUACUGCGACCAAACGACAUGUAGCGAGACGGCAGAUGAUAGUGACGCGGAUGCCAUGGAAACGGUUAUAUAAUCUACUGUUGUAUGACGUCAGUAUACAUAUGCAGUGACAGAACUAUGUCUGCAAACGUGUACUUUUCUCAUAAGUGUCCUUUUGUGCAUACGUGAACUGUUACGUGAACUAAUACCAGUACUAACAGGGCCAUACCCUGACUAAAAUCCUGGGGGGGGGGGGGGGGGGGGGGGGACACUACUUUUUUAAACAAAUGAAACACUAUACAAAUUAAACCCUGAGAUGUGUAUGCCAUUAAAAAAAAAAGUGAGAUUAUCAGGGGGGGCAACUGCCCCACCCCUGCCCCCUGAGGGUACGGCCCUGACUAAAAUGAAUGCGUGUGCAAUGGUACAUACACCUACUGCUGUGCAUAAGUGUAUGUUUGUAGUACGACCAAGGUACAUACACGUACUGGUACUAGUAAUAGACCAAGGGAAACAACUCUUGAUACAAUGUAUUCUAAUGUGUACUAGGGUCGGAAUCAAGUAUGUUUGUAUUAUAGUAUUGUUUUUGUUGAUGAAGUAAACAGAUUACUGCAUUUUUAUGGGUCACACUUCAUGUUGUAGUCAGACAAUUAACAGAGGCGGAUCCAGAAAAUAUUUGGUUGGGAGUGGGUGGGGUGAGGGUGGACUAAGGGGGAAAAGACACAUGGAUAAACUCGUGAAAAGGACAACCUAAUUAAAAUUAGAAAAUAAAUAUAUAUUGGCAUUUGAAUAUAUUGGGGGGAACCCCUAGUACACCCCUUGUAUCCGCCUCUGAUUAAGUAAACAAAACUUUAUUCCAGGUGAAAAACUGUUUGCUUGUCAUCAUCUCUUUCUAGUUUUAAGAGCAGCGGUCCAACUCGCGCAUCUUCUACAAUUCCAAUAAAAUAUAUUUUCUCCAAAA